CAACUGUUACAUAGUGAGUGUGUGGUUCUGUUUCUUGGUCUUCGUACUUACUUCUCAUUAGUGACCUCUGCCACUCCAAGGAAACAUGGGUCGCGAGAUUAUUACGUUACAAGCAGGCCAAUGUGGUAAUCAAGUCGGCUCUCAGUUUUGGCAACAACUUUGCUUAGAACACGGCAUAUGCCCUGACGGUACUUUGGAAGACUUUGCUACGGAAGGACUGGACCGGAAAGAUGUGUUUUUUUAUCAGUCAGAUGACACUCGUUACAUUCCAAGGGCCAUCUUGCUGGAUUUAGAGCCAAGAGUUGUGAACAACAUUUUAAGUGAUACUUAUGGUAGCUUGUACAACCCAGAAAACAUUUUCGUUGCUACAGACGGCGGUGGAGCAGGAAACAAUUGGGCUCAUGGUUAUGCUCAUGCCGAGAAAAUAUUCGAGGACAUCGUCGAUAUGAUUGAUCGAGAAGCCGAGGGCAGCGAUUCCCUUGAAGGCUUUUCGCUCUUGCAUUCCAUUGCGGGUGGUACGGGAUCCGGUCUCGGAUCUUAUCUGCUCGAACGCCUAAACGAUCGGUUUCCAAAAAAGAUUGUUCAAACCUACUCCGUGUUUCCCAACAAUCGUUCUGUGUCUGACGUUGUCGUGCAGCCGUACAACAGCUUGUUGACAUUGAAACGACUUACACUCAAUGCUGACGCUGUUGUCGUGCUUGAUAACGCCGCUCUUGCUCACAUUGCUGCUGACCGCCUUCAUAUUCAAAAUCCCACUUUCCAUCAGCAGAAUCAGUUGGUGUCCACAGUGAUGUCCGCUAGUACCACGACAUUGAGAUAUCCCGGCUACAUGAAUAAUGACCUUGUAAGCAUUAUUGCUUCCCUUAUACCCACACCUCGAUGCCACUUUCUUUCCACGUCAUACACUCCAUUUACAAGUCAGCAAGUCGAAGAUGCCAGAACUAUUCGUAAAACCACGGUUCUGGACGUAAUGCGUCGGCUUCUGCAACCUAAAAAUCGCAUGGUUUCCGUGAACCCUGGAAAGCAAAGUUGCUUUAUUUCCAUCCUUAACAUUAUUCAGGGUGAGGCUGACCCAAAUGAUGUUCACAAAUCACUCCUGCGUAUUCGCGAGAGAAAGCUUGCAACAUUCAUUCCUUGGGGCCCCGCCAGUAUACAGGUGGCCUUGUCAAAAAAGUCACCAUACAUAAAGACAAAUCAUCGUGUUAGCGGUCUAAUGCUUGCUAACCACACAAGUAUUGCUUCCCUGUUUAAAAGAACGCUUGAUCAGUACGAUCGCCUGCGUAAGAGAAACGCAUUCCUGGAUCAAUAUCGCAAGGAAUCCAUCUUUGAAAACUCGUUAGACGAGUUUGACAAUUCUCGUGAGGUUGUUGCAGACUUGAUUCGUGAGUACGAGGCAUGCGAGCAGCCAGAGUAUCUCUCCAUGUGAUAAACCAUUCGAUUGUUAUGAGUACAUAAAAACUAAAAAUGUCGUUUCUGAUAUAGCCUAGUCUAGUCGACUUAGAAGGGCAUCCUUACGACGCUGUAAUAGGAUUUGUUCCACUUCAGUCUUGUUCGGAAUCCGACCAAUUCGGACACGUUGCCAGUCAGCUGGUGGCUGUUGGUCUACAGCGGACCGUUGUAAUUCUACUAGCCGAGACUGUUCGGCCUGUUUCUCGAAUUCCAGUAACUUGGCUUCUUCGCUCUCCGUAAGAUAUCCGUAGUAGUCUGCAUUCAGCACACGUUGUUGCAUUUCGAGUUUCCGCUGAUGCUCUGAAACAAAUGUAAUGUCAGUUUCAAACAGCUCUUUUACGCCGGGAAGAUCACGAGCGCGACCGUAGUAACGAUAUUCAUCCUCUUCACUAACUUUUUGGCCUUCAUCAUCGAAUAGUUUUGCUGUUGAUACAUGUGUAUAAUCUGGGCCACCAAGUUCUUUUAUUUGAAGCUCCCAGGCUCUUUUUUCUCUCAUAAGCUUAUUGAUCGCAUCGUUUAAGUCUCGAAUUUGGUACUCUGGAAGAACGGCUAUUGCACAAUUUUAGUCAGCACAAGUUCUUUAUCCAUUGCCUUCUGGAAUAACCCAUUGCUAACUUACGGUUUUGGAUACGAUUAAUCCUCCUUGCAAUUUCUUUUACAACUGAAGAUCUGUAAUUUUCACAGACGGGUACCGAAUUAACUGUACUGACAUUCCGUGGUCGACGUUCUCCAGGCUUGUACUCGGAGCUCUUUUUCUGCAAACUAUGUUAGAUACUACACAGGUGAAUUACAAUAUCAUACAUAUGAAGACAUAAAUCUGACUGCAAGAAAUAACACCAGCCGCUUUUUGUAUAUUCUUCGAACAAGAACAAACUCUAUUA